GUUCGAGUAUGAUAAAGCUAGUACCUCGGGAAACCCCUAUUAAUGCGCAAGACAGGAAGUUUAUUUUACCAACAUGGCGAACUUGAAUUAUCCCUCCCUUAGACCCUCAGUCAGAGGACAACACACUGUUGAUAUUCCAGAAGGACAAUAUGGAGUUCCUAAUGUCAUGCUUCAUGGUUUACAACCAGGAAGAAAAUUAGAGAGAGCAGUCCAUCCCUUGGAAUAUUCAGAAAAACAUUGGGAUGAGAACAAAAGAACAAUGGACUUUUCUAUGUUACGUAAUACACAGGGAUUACAUGCACCACUCAAACUACAGAUGGAGAUUCAUACAGCCAAACAUAUGGGUCGUCUACCAUGCUUAGCAAGUUCCAAUACAAUGUUAGAUACACUUACUGGUAGAGAUGAUCUCAUCAACUUCGAUGACAUAUUUAAUAGUCCAUAUGAAUCAGAAAUGGUUGGUGAGCCUCAUUUGUUGUUGGAGAAGAGACAAGGAAUGUUAUAAAGUUUGUCAUAGACAUUGUCACACUGUACUGUUCUGUAUUAUUUCAAUAAAUUUAUGUCAUAAAACAA